AUGUCGUCGUCGUCGAGUCCCGCUUCCUCCGCUUCUUCUACAUCCGCGGCUCCUCCCGCCUCAUUCUCCGUGCCUGGCCCUCCCGGCGCUGUCCCCAGGCCUCAUGCUAGCUCAGAAAGUUUGAGGAUAUCUAGUGCUGGUGCUGGCUCUGAUAAACGGUCGGAACGGCGACGGUCAACUCUCUCCGGGUCAGACCGGAAGAGAAGGCUGGUCAAUUUCGAGGGGGAUGGGUGGCCGCAUCGCGCAGGGUCCCAUGGGAUGAUGGAAGCAGGAUCGAGUAGCCGAAUAGCAGUGGAUAGCAGGUCUAUCCAGGGGGCAUCAUCCCACGCAGUAGCGACCCCUGCAGUUCCUGGUUCCUCGUUCGCCACGCCUAUCGACCUAUCCUCUUCGCCGCCGCAGCCGUUAUCUGAAAGACCGGACAAUACGCACCGAACUUCCUGGUCGCAGGGCGCCAAUGGAUAUAUGGAGUAUAUACGGCCGCGAUGGCAACCUGAUUCGGAGGUUACGAACUGCCCUAUAUGCGGAACACCGUUCAGUUUCUGGUACAGGAAGCAUCACUGUCGGAAGUGUGGACGGGUUGUUUGUGCGUCUUGUUCUCCUCAUCGAAUCACGAUACCGAGGCAGUUUAUCGUCCGCCCUCCGGAGCCGAAUCGCUCGCCUGCAUCGACUUUGAUCCCCGCGCGGGCAGCACAGGUCAUCAAUCUGGAUGGGGACGAUACAGCGCCACCACCGGCCGCGAUCAACCCAGCUCUCGGCGGUGGCGAGGAGGUACGACUCUGCAACCCGUGUGUGCCAGACCCGAAUCCGGAACCGCUUCGGGGGUACACUGCGGUGCGAGGAGGUGGCGAGCAAGGGACGAACUGGGGCAGGGGUCCACCGACCCAAGCUCGACACCGGUCUUAUCACUCCAUGUCGACAUCUACGAGACAGUUUCCUUAUGAUGCAUUUACGGAGUCUUCUUCACGAUUGAAUCGGCGGUCGAUAAGCUCGAAUGAUUACACAAGCUUGGGCAGUGCUCUAGGCGGCGUGUUUGGUUCCAGCCUACAAGAGAGACCUACGCGAUAUGGAUCAUUGUCCAGUUCGCAGUAUUCUAACCGACAUAGUUCAUCGGCGCGUCCUUACCUAGGCUACUUUCCGUCACACCGCCCUCUACCCCCUCUGGCACCUGAAGGGACUAGUGUGUCUACCGGGGGAUUCUUCAGUACAACUAGUGAUGAGCAGGAAUUCCACCGGCGCGUCUCCCGUCCAUCCCGUCGUCAUGUGGACGAGAGCGAUAUUUGUCCCAUAUGUAACGACGAACUGCCACCGCUGGGCGAGAAUGGUAACGAGGAUGCCCGGGAAGCACAUAUUCGUGAUUGCAUUGAGGGCCAUGGCCACGGCGCGCGGUCAGCGUCUCGAGGCGGCAGUCCAGUAGGCGCGUCUCCUGUCCCGGUGCGCAUGCUUGCAUUUACUGCUACGGAGAAGGAUUGUCUGGGACAGGACGGCGCCGUGCAAGAAUGCACGAUCUGUAUGGAAGACUACGAGGUCGGCCAGCCGCUGAGUCGGCACUUGCUUGCACUCGCAGCCCCGCAAGCAAUGGACAUCGAUCCGCGUCUACGUGUCGGCCGUGAUAAGAACGGCCCGGAAGGAGCGCAGACCGGCCACUCAUACGUUCCAUCUACUGCGUCAAGACAAGUAGAGAGCACUGCUACCACCGCUCCCUCGACGACGCAUCCCGCCGGCGACUACCCCGACCCGCCGUCGUCCCACUUUUCCCCGAGCGAACAGGUACACUCCGCGUCCUCCGCCUCAGGUAGCCACAGCCACUACGCUGCAUCGAAUACGCAAUCGACCUCGCCUCAUGGGUAUUACCCCAGCGGGCCGGUGCCCGGAACCGAGUCGACGGAUCCCAAUGAUCCGUACGGGGAUCCGAAGCGGCCGCGCGCUUGCGAGGCAUGCAGACAGCUCAAAGUCCGAUGCGAGCCGGACCCGAGCAAUCCGAACGGAUCGUGCAAACGGUGUGCCAAAGCCGGGAGGACGUGUGUCGUGACGGCACCGACUCGCAAGCGCCAGAAGAAGACGGACAGUCGGGUUGCGGAGCUGGAGAGGAAAAUCGAUGCGUUGACGGCGAGUCUGCAGGCGUCGCAGGGCCACGAGCUGCUACUGCAGACGAGGCCUACGGGUGAACCGCGGGAGGAACAUCAGGGGAGACGGUGGCUUGGAGGCGGACAGACUGCGCCGAAUGGGCCGACGUAUCUGAGUCCUCCUGUAGAUCUGGCGGGCAGCAAACGGCAUUCCAGUGGGGAGGUCAAGGACUCGAGGGAUCCCGGGCCUACAGCAGUGUACCCUCGCGUGUCUAGCCCCCUCAAGGAGCAAACGAGGGAGAACGCGCCCUCGAGACAAUGGCGUGGUCCGUGGUCGAGCUCUGAGUCUGGAAGCAGACCGGACGCAGGGACUUCUGAGUUUGUCGAUGUGAUCGACCGAGGACUCGUCAGCCUCCCGGUAGCUUUGGAGGCUUUCAAUAGAUUCGUGACUCACAUGGGGCCACAAAUGCCAUUUGUGGUUUUCCCUCCCGGCACGACGAUGAGCGAUGUUCGAAAGUCCAAGCCGGUGCUCCUUCACGCUAUUAUCGCUGUCUCUGUCGGCGCUAUACAGCCCGAUGCUCAUCUUGCGCUGCUGGAAGAUUUCUACAAGACUAUCGCAGAGCGAAUAGUGGUCAAGGGUGAAAAGUCCCUUGAGCUGGUGCAGGCUUUGGUAGUCUCCUGCCACUGGUACACUCCACCUGAUCAAUUUGAGCAGCUCAAAUUCUACCAAUUGACUCACAUGGCCGUUACUGUGGCGAUGGAUCUGGGGAUGAAUAGGAGAUUGUUGACUCGAAACAAGCCUUUGCCUAUGUUCAAGGAAAUGGCUAUGAAGAAGCCGCCUUCAAUGAACCCUGAUUCUCCUGAGACGCGACGGACGUGGCUUGCUUGUUAUUUCAUGGCUGUCCAAGUGGCUGUAUCCUUAAGGCGUGUCCUGCUUGUCCGAUGGCAGCCAUAUAUGGACGAAUGCGUGGCGAUUCUGGAAAAGUCUCCUGACGCCUUGCCUUCAGAUAAAGCAGUGAUACAGUGGGCGAAACUUGCGCGCAUGACUGAGGAUAUCAACUUUCAGUUGUCCUCCGAUGAUGCCGUCUCGAAUGUGCCCUUCACAGAUCCGAAGGUUCAAUACACGGUGAAGGUGUUUGAAAAGCAACUGGAACAGUGGAAGAGGGAGACUCCACCAGAAAUUUAUAAUCCUAUCAUGAAACAGUCAGAGUACAUUGUGAAUCUCUACAUCUAUGAAAACUCCAUGUUGAUGGAGACCGGUGACGACCGGAAGAAAACAGGGGAAGAUUAUACCAACGCAGCUCAUAUGCAUGCGCUCAGCGUCUGUUUGACGUCCAUUCAUCAAGUGCUGGACACCAUUUGUUCCGUCGAUAUCAAGGACCUGAUCUCCUUGCCGACUGUCUGCCUGGCAAGAGCAUCAUUUGCUGCAGUCUCCCUCAUCAAGCUAUAUUCCAUUGUCUCAUCUCCCGGGAGCCAAAUUGGACAGGUCAUCGAUCCCUCCAGUCUCAAGGUUGAAUACUACCUCAACGAAGUGAUUGACCACUACGCCGCAGCAGGAGAGCUUCCUGGCGGCCGAACACCGGGCAAAUUCUCUGUCGUCCUUGCCAUGCUUCGAAGUUGGUUUGUCAAGCGCAAAGACCACAAUCGAGCACUGAGAGAAGCAUUUGGGGCAGGUCCAGUCGCUUGUACCCCGGUGGAUUUCUCAGAGGCCCAGGAAGGAGACAAACCCCAGUCGGGUCAAACCCCCCUGCAACUCCUCAGCGAAGUCGCCAUGAAAGACCCCAACAGCCGCUCCGCUACAAACCACCACCGUCCAAGCUACGCCUCCCAAUCCUCAGCAGAACCUAUCAGCCAGACACCAACCUCCGAUUUGACCGCCCAAACCGUUCCGUCUAGUACCACUACCGACUCAGACCCUUGGACCCAGUACCCAUCCGUCCCCCUUUCAUCCGCAACAACCCAAGCCCAACAGCAAGCCCAAACGCGCCAGUUCUACUCGCCUUUCAACUCGAAUUACCAGGAUAUGUCGUCUUACCCUGACGGGGGCAAUAUGAUGAUGCCUCCGAUGAACCAGGGAUUCUUCGUACCCGAGUUAGGGAUGCAGGUUGGGUUCGACUCGGGGAAUAUAUUCGCGCUGGAGCACUUGCUGACCGAUGGGCUGUUGAACCUUCCAUUACCGACUGAUGGGGGAAUGGGGUAUUAUUGA